AUGGGUUCCCUUGAUGAGUGGGAUACUUCUUGGGAGGCUGAUGGCGCUCUGGAUGCGGUCCGGAAGAUCACGCAGGUGUUCGGACCUUCCAACACCUUCCUUGUCAGCAAGGUGCGACCAGGUGGUGCCAUGCAUCGGCGCAUGGAGCAGUGGCUUCACGAAACCAUGGACUUUUGCAACGUCACCGGAGUUCCCAAAGACAACAUCGUCUUUGUGCGGGCCGUUGAUGGGCUCGGAAUUUCGCAUUUUGUCGAUGACAAGAUCGAGGCCCGUCCCGGCUCGCUGGCGCAGGUCGGGGCCGACCUCGAGCACGAGGAACUCCAGGCCUCUGCCUUGGAACUCUUGCUCGAAGAGGCUGCCAGGGCUCCUGCCGAUGAAGCAGCUGCCGUGCAGCUGGUGCUGCAGGAUGAGCCCGAAGGCUUUGAAGUUGUUCUCCGACCGGUUCCAGGAUGCAAACUUGGAGUUCGUGUCAUGGAGUUUGGCCACAAGCUGCUGGUGGCCUCCGUCCAUGCGAAAGGAGUCGUGAGCAGCUGGAAUGUGUCCCACCCGGACCUGUCCAUUGAGGAGCGGGACCUCUUAGUCCAAGUCAACCAUGCCACGGAGUACUUCGACAUGGUGCAGCAACUGCGGUUUUCGCAGGUGCUGCUUCUGAAGCUGCAGCGCCAGGAAUCCAUCAAGUCACAGAUAUUGCCCGUGCGCGCAACAUGGGAGCCCCGGACGGGCACUGGCCAAAGUGCCUCAGAUCUGGACGCAAACCUGGCCCUUCGCGCUGUCACUGACUCGCUUGGGCCACAUAGCCCAUCCGUCUGGAAGAGUGCGGCAGGCUGCAUCGUGGAGCACUUUGUUCAGCAAGAGCGGCUCUUUCUGGAACUUUACGGCUACCGGGUCCUCACAAACCGAACGUGGGCGGAUGCUCCGAUUGCAGGGCAAACUCCGAUCCUGAACCUGAAGACUGCUCAGCACAUCGAGCAAGCAGGCUACACCUGGUACAUUAUUUCCUGCGAGCUGGUGCUUUUCAAAGCCGGCAUGCGGGAUGUUCUGAAGUGGGAGGCUCCGAGACGACUCGCCCAGCUGCGAGGAGACUUGCACGAUCGGGUGAAGUACAGCAUGGAGUUGACCGAGUACAAAGCUCUUUUCGAAGAAGCGCCUUUUGCACAUGCUGGUGGCACCUGGGCCUUUUGUGACGGGGGGGGUGAACUUCUACUGCUAAUUCUUGCUGGUAUGCAGUGGAUCGGUGUUGAACCUCUCUGA